AUGACUGUAGAACAAGACUCAUUUUCAAUUGGAAUAGAUUUAGGAACUACGUACUCUUCUAUUGGAUAUUUUGAUGUUAUUAAAGGUGAAUCUGUCAUACUUCAAGAUGACCUCGGAAAAGAACAAGUAGCGUCAUGGGUUAGUCUUUCCCAACUAACUACAGGAGGUUUUAUGACUAUAGGAGAUGGUGCUAAAAAUGACGCUAAUAGUGAAUGUGUUAUUUAUGAUUCUAAAAGAAUUAUAGGAAGAGAUGAAGGUGAAGUGAAUUAUGAAGAUUGUGAUAAAUGGCCAUUUGAAGUAAAAGGUAGAGAUAAUGGAAGUGCAUAUAUCGAAUGUUAUAAUCCACAAACACAAGGUAUUGAAGAAUUUGAACCAGAAGAAAUAAGUGGAAUGAUAUUAAAACAUAUGUAUGAUAUAGCACAAAUGAGACUUAAUAAUAAAGUAAUAACAAAUGUUGUUGUUACUGUUCCAGUAGAUUUUAAGGAUAAACAAAGAAAUGCAACAUUGUUAGCAUGUAAAUUAGCAGAAAUUAAGAAUGUUGAACUUGUUAAUGAACCAACAGCAGCUAUUGUUGCAUAUAAAAGAGAAUAUCCAAAUUCAUUAACAGAAGGAAAUAGAGUUGUAGUAAUUGAUUUUGGAGGAGGAACAUUAGAUGUAGCAUGUUGUAGAAUAGGAAAGGAUGAAAAUAUUCAAGUAGAAUCAAGUGGAGGAGAUCAAAAUUUAGGAGGAAAUGAUUAUGAUAUAGUAAUGAUGGACAUUAUUAAACAAAGAGUAGAAGACGGCGUUGAAGGAUAUUAUGAAAAGAAACAAGGAAUGACUCAACAAGAAAAGAUAAUUCUUAAUAAGAAAUUAAUUAGAUUAAAGAAAGAAGCAGAAAGAAUUAAAAUUGAAUUAAGUGGGAAACCAGAUGCUGAAUUAGAUUUAGAAACAUUAUUACCUGAUAGUGAUGAUUAUGAUAAUGAUGUGUUUGAACCUACCAUUACAAGACAAGAAUUUGAAGAAGAAUGUAAAAACAGAGGAUUAUAUGAAAGAUUUAUUAAUAAAAUAAAACAAGUCACUCAAAGAAAAGGAUAUAAAAAAGGAAAUGUUCAAUUAGUAUUAUUCAUUGGUGGUACAUCUAAAAUGCCAAGAAUUAAACAAGAAGUUGGGAAAAACUGCAAUUGGUCAUGA